CCAUAUAAAUUUGCAGCUCUAGCCUGACGUGAGACUUCGCAAGGAAAUGACAGCAACCUUGACGGAUCAACGGCUUUUGGAGGAGCGCAAAAUGUUCAGGAAAAAUAGGUUGUUCGGCUUCGUGGCUAAGCCCGCGACAAGAGAGGAUGGCAGCGUGGAUCUGCGACUCUGGCAUUGUCGCAUUCCCGGGCCCAGCGGGACAUCCUGGGAGGGCGGUUCCUACCCCCUGACAAUGAUCUUCUCGGACGCGUAUCCAACACAACCGCCCGAGUGCCUCUUCCCGCCCAACUUCUUCCACCCAAAUGUCUACCCGGAUGGCAAGGUCUGCCUGAGCUUGCUCAACGACGAUUCCGACCUAGGAGGGCAAUGGGCACCAAGCAUUUCCAUAAGCCAGAUCCUGCAAGGGAUUCAAGAGCUACUCACGAGCCCGUACAUCAAGUCACCAGCUCAGAUACCCGCGUAUGUAGCGCUCAAAUCGGACAAGGCAAAGUACGAAAGGAUGGUCCGUGAGCAGGCGAAAAAGUAUCCGUCUGUGGAGGAUGAAUGAAUGAACG